AUUAGUCAUCUCUCUUGAUAUCCUUGCCUUCACAACAACCAUUGUACUCCCAAUAGUCCAAGACGAUGCCAAGCACAUUGGCCCCGGUCCGUGAGAUCCGGCGCGCGCAGCGUGCUGAUGGCCCAGCAGCCGUGCUCGGUAUUGGCACUGCAAAUCCAGCAUUUUGUGUUCUUCAGGACGGGUUUCCGGACUACUAUUUCCGUGUCACCAAGAAGGAGCACCUCGUCGACCUCAAAGACACAUUCAAGACACUAUGUCGGCUCACGGGGCUGGAGAGACGUUUCUUUCAGCACACGGAGCAACUGCUCAACGCCCACCCGGGCUUCAUCAACGGGACGCCCUCGUCUUCCCUAGACGCGCGGCUCGACAUCGUCGCAGAGGCAGCUCCAAAGCUCGCCGCGGCGGCCGCCACGAAGGCCAUCGCGAGGUGGGGCCGCCCGGCCACCGACAUCACCCACCUCGUCGUCGCCACGAGCUCCGAGGCCCGCGCCCCAGGCGCCGACCUCGGUCUCGCCGCGCUCCUCGGCCUCCGCCCCGACGUCCGCCGCACCGUGCUCCAGCUCAACGGCUGCUCCGCCGGCUGCGCCGCCCUGCGCCUCGCCAAGGACCUCGCCGAGAACAACCGCGGCGCGCGCGUCCUCGUCGCCUGCGUUGAGCUCACCAUCACCUCCUUCCGCGCGCCCCGCGAGGGGGACACCUUCGACACCCUCAUCCCGCAGGCGCUGUUCGGCGACGGAGCCGGCGCGGUCGUCGUCGGCGCCGACGCCGUGCACGCCGCCGGCGAGCGCCCGCUCUUCGAGAUGGUGUCCGCCUCCCAGGCCUUGAUACCCGGGACGGAGCACCUUCUCAACAUGCGGCUCGGGGAAGGCGGCAUCGACGGCGACGUCUCCGCCAAGCUGCCGAUCUUCGCGGCGCGGCACCUGGAGCGCUGCCUGCUCGACGCGCUCGCGCCGCUCGCCAUUGGGGGCGGCGAGGGGAAGUGGAAUGACCUCUUCUGGGCAGUCCAUCCGGGCAGCCGUGGGAUCAUGGACCACAUCGACUCGGUUCUCCGGCUGGAGCCCCGGAAGCUGGCGGCGAGCCGAGCUGUCGUCAGAGACUACGGGAACAUGCUCUCGGCGACGGUGAUAUUCGUGCUCGACGAGCUGCGCCGGCGGAUGGACGAGGAAAGGGAUGAGGCUUCUGAGUGGGGGGUGAUGGUGGGCUUUGGGCCGGGAUUCACUGUCGAGACCAUGGUGCUGCACGCUACAAAGUACUAGCAACAUGCUACAUGAUACGUCAAGAAAAAAUUGCAUUAGCACUUGUUUAAGAAACAAUGCAAAUAAGCAAAUUGAUGUUGAUCCCCUCAUUAUGGUUCUGCGUAUAUCUGAUCGUAUAUUCAAUCUGUUGUCGUUCUUUUCUCGGAA